AUGGUAUCUGUUCUCUAUCCUUUCUGGCUCGUGUACGCGUUGGUCCAAUUCGUGCUUGUGAGGCCAGUCGCAACGGCGGCCCAGAUACUGUUCUACGGCAUUGUGCAGGUUCCAGCAGGGAUUUUUCAGUGGGUAUUUGGAGUUGACAUCACUCGGCUCGAUUAUGCGAAGUUGCGCUAUGUGCUCGACAUUGUCAGAAUUCUGUACCAGUUUCUGAGUGUUGCAAUUUUAUUUGGAUUGUUUGUGGGCACAGUCAACGGUUUGGCCUUGUGUUUGGUGCGCUACUUUUUGACCUUUAGACAGCCUGCUAUCAGGCUCUUUGGCUCGUCAAAACCUGUUAUCAAGCAAGAAGAAGAGGAAUUCAAGCCACUGUUGAAUACCGAGUGGGGUCUGGAACCAAUCAAGACCGAGGAUAUUAAUCCGUUGUCCGAACCAACCUCGUCUGCGCAACUCUUUGAUCAUUCCCAACAUCAGAUACGCGAGCGCCAUCUUUCUGCAUACUACGACGACGACGACGGGUACGGGACCGUUAGAGGAGAAUCAUCACCGAAACCUACACACCAAUCGAGAAUUUCAUCGCGAUUUUCAUCCCUUCGAAGCGAUUCGUUAUUCAACACAUCGCAUCAUCACUCGGAGUCGGGAACUGAUACAACCGUUGAUUCUGACCGGUCAGAACUAAACAUAAUCAAAGAAGAGGACUUGUCAUAGUGAUACGUCAUAUUCAUCCGAAAUGUAUAAGUUGUCGUUUCCUGCAACCAUCAUUUAGUCGAAAUGAGCGGUUCCGAAUUUGAGCUCUCACCAGGUUGUCGCAUCCUGGACAGAUUGAUACACUUUUCUAACUGCCAUCCUUUGAGACUGGAUGAAACUGAAGGCUUAUGGGAUCUUGAAAAAAUAGUGAGCUACCAGUUUGGUCGUUUUCUGUCGACUCUGAGUUUUUUUGGAAGCAAUAGAGCAUUGAUGUCUCCCUGGACCUUACAACUGUCUCUUAAAAUUCAGCUUCAAUUUACAGGGCCUGAUACCUUUAGCUCGAAGUCGCGGAACAUGGAUGCCAUCUACAGGUACAGAGUGACGAUUCUGCUGAACUUCGCUGCGUUUCAAUUAGUCAGUCUGUCUCAGUUUAACACAUUAGUGUACGAGCACAUUAUCCAAGAUGUGGAUCUGGAAAAAUUCAAAAAGUCGGCAUACAUCCACUUAAAAUCGGUUUUGCAAUCGCUAUCGAUCAGAGUAAAGGUUAGUCCUGUGUAAUCCUGGGGCGCGACAGAAAAUUUGUUGUGGUUUAUCAAAGUUUGGUAUUAAGACUUGCUAUAUCUGAAUUGGGUUUAUCUCGGCACUUUAUCUCGGACUGGUGUGUUGCUGUUGGUAUCAGUGGUUAUGCAAACUCGCCAUUAUCAAAGACUGC